AUCUAAUCCUGUAUGGUUUGUCUGUAUUACUUUUCUUUUUCCAUCAUACGUGCAGAGAGAUUUCGUAAGCACCAUUAGACCCAUUCCCUUGGCAUGGCUAUCUUUCACUAAAAACCAAACACACCCUAAUUUUCCAUUCUCUCUAAACUAAACUUUCCUUCCAUAUCGUAUUCACGUGGGUCUGCAUGCCCCCAACAAAAACCGCUCCCAAACUAUCCAUUAAUAUUUAAUACCAUCCCUCUCCUUACCCUAAUUUAACAUCAUACACCCAAUCCAUUUUCCUCUCUUUCUCUAGAGUAAGAGUAUCAUACCACUCAGCUCAAAAAUUUAAUAAAAAAAAAUAGAGAUUUUUUUUUUUAAUUUUAUAAUUUUGGUGAAAAUAGAAAGAGAUAGAGAGAGAGGUGGGAAUUGGGAAAUAUCUUACCGGAGAAUGGGCGACGGCAGCAUCGUGGGCCAUCUCCCGGAGGAGAUUCUGUUGAACGUGUUCGCGGCGGUUUCCGACACCCGCACGCGGAACGCGUUGUCGUUGGUAUCGUGGAGCUUCUACUGGUUGGAGCGCAAGACGCGCACAUCUCUCACGCUCCGCGGCAACGCGCGUGACCUCCACCUCAUCCCGACCUCCUUCAAGCACGUCACGCACCUCGACCUCUCCUUCCUCUCGCCGUGGGGCCACGCGCUCUUCUGCUCCUCCUCCUCCGCCGCCGCCGCCGCCGUCGACCACCAGCGACACCUCGCGCAACAUCUCCGCGCCGCGUUCCCGCGCGUCACCUCACUCGCCGUCUACGCGCGUGACCCGGACACUCUCCGCCUCCUCCUCCUCUCCCCAUGGCCGGAGCUCUCCGCCGUCAAGCUCGUCCGGUGGCACCAGCGCCCGCCGACCUCCGCGAACGAAGCCGACUUCGCUGAGCUCUUCAAGAAGUGCCGAUCGCUCGCCUCCCUCGACCUCUCCUCCUACUACCACUGGACGGAGGACAUCCCGACGGUGCUCGCCGCAAACCCUAUCUCCGCCGCCUUUCUCCGCCGCCUCAACCUCCUAACAACCUCCUUAACAGAAGGAUUCAAGUCUCACGAAAUCGAAUCGAUCACCGCGUCGUGCCCUAACCUGGAGCACUUUCUCGCGGUCUGCAACUUCGAUCGGAGAUAUAUAGGGUCCGUCAACGACGACACGCUGGUUUCUAUUGCUUCCAAUUGCCCAAAGCUAUCGUUGCUUCACUUGGCCGAUACGUCGUCGUUUUCAAGUCGCAGAGAGGAGGACGAGGGUUUCGACGGAGAAGACGCUAGCAUUAGCCGCGCUGCUCUUAUGACUUUGUUCUCUGGACUUCCUCUUUUGGAAGAGCUCGUGUUAGAUGUUUGUAAAAAUGUCAGAGAGAGUAGUUUCGCUUUUGAAGUGGUGGGUUCAAAGUGCCCUAAUUUGAGGGUUCUAAAAUUGGGACAGUUUCAAGGGAUUUGCUUGGCCUUUGAGUCUCGGCUUGACGGAAUUGCCCUUUGCCACGGGCUUCAAUCGUUGUCUGUUGGUAACUGCGCGGACCUUGAUGACAUGGGGUUAAUUGAGAUUGCCAGGGGGUGUUCGAGACUGGUUAGAUUUGAGCUUCAGGGUUGCAGGCUUGUGACGGAGCGUGGACUGAGGACCAUGGCUUGUUUGCUUGGCAGGACUCUGAUUGAUGUCAGGGUUUCUUGCUGCGUAAACCUUGACACAGCUGCGACUCUCAGGGCUUUGGAGCCAAUUCGCGAGCAGAUUGAGCGGCUCCAUGUGGAUUGUGUGUGGAAUGGGUUGAAGGAGAGUGAUGGCCUGGGACAUGGGUUUCUUAGUUUUGAUUUGAAUGGUUUGGAUGAACAGGAUGAUGUGGGUAAACUCAUGGAUUACUACUUUGGGGGUGGAGAAUGUGAGAACACAAGCAAAAGGAAGAGGCAGAGAUGCGAGUAUCAAAUGAGGGUUCAUGAUUCCUUUUUGGAAAGCAAUGGCAAUGGUUUCUAUGGCAAGAGCUGGGACAAGCUGCAGUAUCUUUCUCUCUGGAUAAAAGUUGGUGAUCUCUUGACUCCAUUGCCGGUGGCAGGGUUGGAAGAUUGUCCCGUCUUGGAAGAGAUUCGGAUUAAGGUUGAAGGAGAUUGUAGGGGGCAGCCAAAGCCAGCAGAGAGCGAAUUUGGUCUCAGCAUUCUGGCUUGUUAUCCUCAGCUAUUGAAGAUGCAGCUGGACUGUGGUGAUACUAAAGGUUAUGCUCUCACGGCACCCUCUGGGCAAAUGGAUUUGAGCCUGUGGGAGAGGUUUCUUCUGAAUGGCAUUGGCAGUUUGAGUCUCAGUGAGCUUCAUUACUGGCCACCACAAGAUGAGGAUGUGAACCAGAGGAGUGUGUCACUUCCAGCUGCUGGCUUGCUACAAGAAUGUUACACUUUGAGAAAGCUCUUCAUUCACGGAACAGCACAUGAACAUUUCAUGAACUUUUUUCUUAAGAUACAAAACCUUAGGGAUGUACAGCUGAGAGAAGAUUAUUAUCCAGCUCCUGAAAAUGACAUGAGUACAGAGAUGAGGGUAGGUUCGUGCAGCCGCUUUGAAGAUGCACUGAAUAGGCGUCGAAUAUGUGAUUGACAUGUAAUGUAACAACAUCUUACAAGCCCUGACAAUGGAAAAAUUGCUUGGAUGUAGAAAAAGUUUACGUUUUGGAGUUUCUGUCGAUUAUUAACAUCUUUACUUGUCUUUUAGUUUUUAUUUAUUUCUGUUUACACUGUAAUAACGAGACUCGUGUCCAAUGUUUUAGUCAAGAAUAAAUCAUCCUCUACACAGAUUA